AUGGCAAUGGAGCAAUUGUACGGAGAUUUUGAUGCAUCAUAUAAUGAGUUACAGGGAUGGAUUACCGCUAUAAGGGAGUACGUACCAGGGACUGCCAUUGAGCUGCAGACACGACCUUAUUAUGGCCCGGAUGAGCAACUACAACCAAGAAAAAGAAUUUUCCAACGGAUGUUCUGGACGUUUGAUCCAUGUGUACGUGCAUUUCCCCACUACAAGCCGUUUGUGCAAGUAGAUGGGACAUGGCUAUACGGUAAAUAUACACAGAUUUUACUUCUUGCGAUUGCUCAGGAUGGGAACAAUAACGUGCUCCCGAUUGCGUUUGCCAUCGUAGAUAAAGAGAAUAUGGAGUCGUGGGAAUUCUUCCUUACAAACCUGCGGAGGUAUGUUGUUAGUAAUGAUAGUAUUUGCAUCAUCUCUGAUAGAAGGAAAAGAUUAAUUGCUGCCAUUAGGCGUUCCGACGAGCUUGAGCCACACAUUUUCAAGCAAAGGAUGACUCGACUUGAGAAUGACAUGGAAGGUCAAACGAACACAUCUUUCCGACAAUGGUUGGGUACCAUGGAGCCGUGGCAAUGGGCUCAAAGUUUUGACGAGGGCUUUCGUUACGGUCAAAUGACUACAAACUUGGUGGAGGGCAUCAAUGCUGUGUUAUUAAAAACAAGACAUCUUUCGAUUUCAUCUGUCUUCUCAGCUACAUUCUACAGGUUGGCUAUCUUGAUGCCAAGAAUGGGUCAGCAACAAGUCAACCAGAUAGAGGCAGGACACGUCUUUGUCGAAUAUGUCAGGGAUGCAAUGGUUGCAAACCGUCGGAUGGCGAGGUCGAUGAAUGUAGAAGUAUAUUCACGACGUAAUGAAACGUUUCGCGUUACAGAGACCAUCGGUCGUCGACCCGGUAUACCACCUAGGUCCUACGGAGUUGAUCUCCGAAAUAGACGGUGCGAUUGUAGGAGGUUCCAGACACUUCCUUAUCCUUAUGCACAUGUUGUAGCAGCUUGUGCUAAAGUCUCGCUCAACGUGGAUCAAUUUAUCGAUGAAGUGUAUACCCUCGAACGCACAUUGCGUGUAUGGGAGAAUGAGUUUCCCGUACUUCCUGACCUAUCUACUUGGGAGGUUCCUCCAACGACAUUCGAGCUUGUCCUAGACAAAGGGUUGCGUAGGAACCCAAAAGGUCGUCCGCAAUCAUCUAGAAUCCGUAACGAAAUGGACAUUAGAGAGAAAUCUGAUGGGAAGUUGUGUGGAGUUUGUAGAUUACCAGACGAAAAAUCAUAUGUCUCAAAUGCCAUCGAUGAACUUGAGCCGAGAGGAGUAGAAUAUGGAGGUGGAUAUGGGCCGGAAGGAGUAGAGUACGGCGGUGGAUACGGCUCUAGAGGAGUUGAGUACAUAGGUGGAUACGGGCCGGAAGGAGUAGAGUACUAA